GCUAGCUCAUCUGAAGAAUGAGCAGAGCAGUAAGCCGCGCUCAUACUUCAAGCAGCCGUGGUGGCUUGCGGGAAUGACGGCGUUCCUGGUGGGCCAGGCCGCAAACAUCCCAGCCAUGGCGCUCACACCUCAAACUAUGCUUAGCUGCCUCGGAGGGCUCUCCCUGGUGUUCAACUCCACCUACGCUCACUUCCUAUUGGGCGAGCGCGUUCGGGCACCCGAGGUGCUGGUCAUGGUGGCCAUGAUCACGGGUGCAGCGCUCGUUGCACGGGUCUGA